UUAAAAAGUGUUGUGGUUUAGUUUACUUCCUGUUCUAUGUGUACUAUUUAUGUACGUGUGUUCUCAAUGUUUUUAGUCUCUAUUAAACUGUCAACUGUAAACCAGUACUGAGUUGGUAACUUAGCGGUGAGUCCAGACCUAGCUAAGUUACGACAUAAAUUGGCGACGAGGAGUUAGAACUCUAUGAUGGCUACAGGACUGCUUGGGCACCUCGAGCAAUUCGAUCCAGCGUUGGAGGAAUGGCCGCAGUAUGUGGAGAGACUCGAACAGUUUUUUGUUGCGAACGAUAUCACUGGAGAUGGUAGUGCUGUGAAGAAGAGAGCUACCUUUCUCGCAGUAGUGGGCCGUAGUGCCUACAAUCUGCUGCGAAGUCUAAUUGCACCAGCAAGGCCUGCAGAGAAAACAUUUGAGGAGCUGGUGGAAGUGCUUACUGCACACUACAGUCCGAGGCCUACCGAAGUCAUGCAACGUUUCCGAUUCAACUCUAGAGCGAAGAAAGAAGGAGAGUCUAUUGCUGACUAUGUAGCUGCGCUGAGGAAGCUAGCCGAAUUUUGUAAUUACGGUGCUGCAUUGGACAAAGUGCUACGUGACAGGCUAGUGUGGGGAGUCAAGGACACCUACAUACAGAAGAAGCUGCUAGCAGAACGAGAGCUGACAUUGGCUACGGCUAUUCAGAUUGCUCAAGGUUCUGAGACUGCAGAGAAGAACCUUCGUGAGAUGGGAAGCGAAUCCCAUAAAGAAGGAGUACAUUACGUCCAGAAACAGACGCCGAAACCGAUUAAAACUAACUCGAAGUGUUAUCGAUGUGGCAAGACGAGUCACAGUGGCAAUGACUGCCCGUACAAGGACUUUGUGUGUAGAGGAUGUCAUAAAGUGGGACACUUGCAAAAGAUGUGUCGAGCUGCCAAGGGACGCCCAAACCCGAAGAAGUUCCCCCGACAUGACAAGUAUAAGAAAAGGGCUGGAAUAAACCAAGCAAGAGAGUCUGGAGAAUCAGAUGACGAAGACUUCCUGCUGAUGGUAGAAGAAGUUGGAGGAAUCCACAGGAUCUACCAGCCCCCAAUAAAAGUACCCGUGAGUAUAGAGGGUACUACUGUGUGUAUGGAACUAGACACAGGUGCCUCAGUAUCUCUAGUAUCAGAGUCACAGUACAAACAGUUGUGGCCAGGGAGGAGCUUAGACCCAUCUGAUAUCAACUUACAGACCUACUCAAAGGAACCUCUUGUAGUAAUGGGAAGUUUUGAUGUUGAGGUUGUGUAUGAUAACAAAAAGGUGACCUUACCUCUUGUUGUUGUUCAAGGGAAUGGACCUUUGUUGUUUGGCAGGAACUGGCUAAAUGCUAUUAAGUUGAAUUGGUCUAACAUUCACUAUACCCAAGCUCCAGGUUUACAGGACUUACUGGCCAAGUACCCCGAUGUGUUCCAGAAAGGACUGGGUACGUACCAGGGACAAGAAGCCUCCCUUGUAGUGGACGCUGAUGCUGUUCCCCGUUUUAACAAAGCCAGACGUCUUCCAUAUGCUAUGCGAACGAAAGUGGAAGAGGAACUGGAGAGGCUGGUUCAGGAAGGCACUCUGAAGCCCGUGGACUAUGCUGAAUGGGCCGCACCAAUUGUGGCAGUGUUAAAGAGUGAUCGAACGAGUGUGAGAAUAUGUGGCGAUUUCCGAAUGACAGUUAACCCCGUUUCUAAACUCCAUCGUUACCCCCUGCCGAAGGUGGAAGAUUUAUUUGCAACCCUGGCUGACGGAAAGAUCUUUACUAAAUUAGAUCUGACACAAGCUUAUCAACAGUUAAAGCUUGACACCCAAUCUCAGAACUAUGUGGUAAUCAACACCCUAAAAGGGUUGUUCCAAUACACGAGAUUACCUUUUGGAGUGUCAUCAGCCCCUGGCAUUUUUCAGAAGACCAUGGAGACCCUGCUACAGGGUAUUGCUGGGGUAGUGGUGUAUUUGGACGACAUUUUGAUCUCUAGUGCAACCGAAGCGGAGAACCUGAAAUCACUCGAGGAAGUGUUGAAACGCCUAUCCGAAGCUGGUUUGCGAGCCAAACGAGGCAAGUGCACGUUCAUGGCUCCAUCUGUCGAGUUUUUGGGUCACCUGGUUGACGCUAAGGGUAUCCGACCCUUACCUGAGAAAGUCCGUGCUGUCCAGCAAGCACCUACCCCUACCAAUGUGACGGAACUGAGGUCCUACAUUGGAUUGAUUUCUUAUUAUGGGAAGUUCCUACCGAAUCUAGCCACUCGUUUAACACCAUUGUACAAGCUGUUAAACAAAGAUGUGCCAUGGAAAUGGUCAUCUGAGCAAGAACUUGCUUUUAACAGGUCGAAACAGCUGCUGACAUCAACAAAUCUGUUAGCUCAUUACAACCCCCAAUUACCUAUUGUUCUGGCCUGCGAUGCCUCUGCAUACGGAAUUGGAGCCGUACUUGCUCACCAAAUGCCUGACGGUACCGAGAGACCGAUAGCCUAUGCUUCUAGGACUUUGAAUUCGGCUGAAAGAAAUUACUCGCAACUUGAAAAGGAAGGACUGUCCUGUGUUUUCGGAGUAAAGAAAUUCUAUGCAUACCUAUUUGGACGACAUUUUGAUCUAAUUACGGAUCACAAACCGUUAUUGAGCCUGCUGAGUGGACAGAAACCAACCUCAUUACAAGCCUCCGCAAGGAUUCGUCGAUGGUCAUUGGCACUGUCGAUGUACGAGUACGAGCUGAAGUUCCGAAACACUACAGCUCAUGGUAAUGCAGAUGCUUUGAGUCGUCUGCCCUUAACUGACACUGUUCCUGAUGACCGAACACCACCAGAACUGGUGCUCUUACUGGAACAUCUCGAUUCCUCACCGAUCACGGCUGCACAUAUCAAAGAGGCUACCAGACGAGACCCAGAACUCUCUACUAUUCACCAGUAUGUGCAACAAGGAUGGCCACACCGUUCCGCCAUGGAAACCAGUCUAAUGCCCUUUUAUGAGCGACGAGAAGAACUUUCAGUACAUGAUGGUUGCUUGCUGUGGGGAAAUCGUGUGGUGGUACCCAAGACCUACCGAGGUGAUGUGCUCGUACAACUGCACGAAGGACAUCCUGGCACCACUCGCAUGAAAGGACUAUCGCGUAUGUAUGUGUGGUGGCCUGGUAUUUCGAAAGACGUCGAAGAGACGGUACAAGAUUGCAUUCCCUGUCAACAACAACAGUCAAAACCACCUGUUGCCCCACUCCAUCCUUGGGCUUGGCCUACACGCCUGUGGGCCAGAUUGCAUAUCGAUUAUGCUGGUCCCAUUCACGGACAAAUGUUUUUGAUUAUCAUUGAUGCCCAUUCAAAAUGGAUUGAAGCAAUUCCAACAUCUGGCUCGACAUCCCGAGUAGUGAUCGAAGAACUACGGGUUUUGUUUUCUCAAUUUGGCCUACCAGAGUGUGUUGUGUCUGACAAUGGCACAUGUUUCACUAGUGCAGAAUUCAAAGGAUUCCUGAAGAAAAAUGGUAUCAACCAAAUUCUGUCUGCCCCUUAUCACCCCUCUACAAAUGGCCUGGCUGAACGAGCAGUGCAAGUAGUUAAGAAGGGACUUAAGAAGGAAACAAAAGGUUCGAUGCGCAGUAGACUUGCAACGGUGUUAUUUGCUUACAGGUUAACUGCACAGUCAACCACUGGACAAUCCCCAAGUGAACUUUUGUUAGGUCGUCGACCACGAUCUCGUCUAGAUCUGCUUAACCGAAUAGCCGCGGUUAUGAUUUCAUACGUAGUACCGCCCACCGCGGAACCAAAAUCUAAUUAAUUUUAAAUUACUUUCAUUAUCAGCUCCUAGCAAAGAAAGAUGCGUAGCUAAGAAGCAGUAGCAGUUUUCUGCAGGCAACUUUGUUGCAAACUAGUCUAGAAUAGCUACUCUGCCAGGAUCUCUAAGUUUUGAACGGAGGAGUAUACCAGCCAAGGCCCCAGCGAAGGAUCAUUUCACAAGUAAGCUCUGUGUGUGUAUAGCGAUCAUCAUUUUCCUAGUUCAGCCUUUAGAAGCCUUUUGAGCUGAUGUAAUAUGCUUGUCCACCUACCUAGAUAGCCUCUGAGUGUGUGAAAUAUACUGGAAGAGUAGCUUCCAUUGGCCUCUAGCAAAGAAAGAUGCAUAACUUGGAAACAGUGACAGUUUUCUUUAUUCAACUUCUUAGCAAAGUAGUCUACAGUAGUUACUGUGUCAGGAUCUCCUAGUUUCCAACGAAACAGUCAACCAGCCAAGGGCCAGAGCAAGGGAUCACUUCAGAGUGUGGCAAAGAAAGAUGCACCCCUUAGUAGCAGUAACAAUUCUCUUCAAGCUACCUUGUAGUUCUAUCUGAACAGUCGAAGAGUCAACCAGCCAAGGACAGAGCGAGAGAUUACUUUAGAGGUCUGUGAAACUAUCGUCACUGCUAUCUGCCAUGGAACCACCACCAUCUUAUGGGUCUGAGAAGGUCUACUCACUGUGACUACUAUCCAGGAUACCUAGGAGUACCUCAUCCCCUGUGUGCAGAGGCCUCUUAGUCAUUGUUGUACUAUAGAAUUAAUUGUAAUUGUAUUUAUUAUAAUGUAUGUUCACUUUUGAGAUUGAUAUUUAAAUACAAAUUUCACAUGAAAAUUUCAGCAAAUUUUUGAUUGCUAACCUAUGGUGAUCGGACUCAGUACGGCUUCUGUUGACCUUCGAGAGAAGCCUUGCAAAGCUGUGGAGCUCUGGAAGGUUGUAGCUCACCACAAAUUAAUUAAGAGUAGAGUAAUGUGCGGUUGACGCUUCAAAGCGUCAACCGCGGCUACCAGCUAUUCACGUAUUGACGCUUCAAAGCGUCAACCGCGGCUAUUCGGUUAAACCGAACACAGCAGAGAGAGUUGAACGUCAACAAGCAAAACAGGUGAAACAACACGACAACCGUGCUCGCGAAAGAAGUUUUGAGCCCGGAGAUCUGGUGUAUGUCAGAAAUUACCAGUCAGGAAAUCGUUGGUUACCGGGUGUGAUACAGGAAAAGACAGGACCAGUAUCGUUUCGAGCGAAGAUGCAGAAUGGUCAAGUGCGAAGGUGUCAUGUGGACCAGGUUCGGAACCGAACAGUAGACGAACCUACCGAGCCAGAAGAGGUCCCUAUUCCGAAUGCAAUUCUUCCUGACGAAUUGACCACACCGUAUGCACCUCAAGCUGAUAGUACUCCUGGAAACAGCUCCCCUUCACCUGAAGUUGGUGUAGAACCACCUGUCGACGUCCCUAGUCAAGGUGUUGUCUCAAAACCUGCAACUGCGAUUAAAGUAUACCCUAAGCGUAACCGUAAGACUGUGGAUCGAUAUGAACCUAAAUGGUAGUUAUUGAUUGGAAACUGGUAUUUUAUUGGUAUUGUUUUGUCAUUAGUUGGAUGAUUUUUGUCAUUAGUUAAUUUUGUGAGUCCUCACUAAAGGAAGGAGGAAUGUUGUGGUUUAGUUUACUUCCUGUUCUAUGUGUACUAUUUAUGUACGUGUGUUCUCAAUGUUUUUAGUCUCUAUUAAA